AUGCGCGGAGCUGCAGCAGCAACAGCAGCAGCAACAGCAGCAGCAGCAACAGCAGCAACAGCAGCAACAGCAGCAACAGCAGCAACAGCAGCAGCAGCAACAGCAGCAGCAACAGAGGAAGGUGAAGAAAUGAUUUGGAUAUAUACGGGCAAACAGAAGACACAACUGCAGCAGCAGAAUCUGCAACAGCAGCAACAGCAGCAGCAGCAGCAGCAGCAGCAAGAGCAGCAACAGCAGCAGCAGCAGCAACAGCAGCAGCAGCAAGAGCAGCAAGAGCAGGAGCAGCAACGAACCUCAAGAGAAGCCCACAAAAAGGCCGACGCUUCAGGUGUACGCACACCUCGUCUAGGACACACAUCCGAGGAGCUGCAGAAGCAGCAGCAGCAACAGCAACAGCAGCAGCAGCAGCAGCAACCGUAUCAGCAGCAGCAGCAGCAGCAGCAGCAACAGCAGCAGCAACAGCAACAGCAGCAGCAACAGAGGAAGGUGGAGAAAUGA